AUGGAUAUCGAAACGGAUAUCAUCACGUUAACCAGGUUCAUUUUGCAAGAGCAGCAGAAGUUGGCGCCAACUGCUACUGGUGAGUUGAGUUUGCUUUUGAACUCCUUGCAGUUUGCUUUCAAAUUCAUUGCUCACAACAUCAGAAGAGCCGAGUUGGUCAAUUUGAUUGGUGUUUCGGGAACGGCAAACAGUACUGGCGACGUUCAGAAAAAAUUGGAUGUUAUCGGGGACGAGAUUUUCAUCAACGCCAUGAAGUCUUCCAACAAUGUCAAAGUGUUGGUUUCAGAGGAACAGGAAGACUUGAUCAUAUUUGAAGGCGGUGGCAAGUAUGCUGUUUGCACUGACCCCAUUGAUGGUAGUUCCAAUAUCGAUGCUGGUGUUUCGGUUGGUACCAUCUUUGGUGUGUACAAGCUUAGAGACGACUCGGAUGGCUCUAUAAAUGACGUCUUGAGAAGGGGUACCGAAAUGGUUUGCGCAGGCUAUACCAUGUACGGUGCCUCGGCCCACUUGAUGUUGACCACCGGUGCUGGUGUCAAUGGUUUCACCUUGGAUACCCAAUUGGGUGAAUUUAUCUUGACGCAGCCAAACUUGAGAAUCCCUGAGAAGAGAGCCAUCUACUCGGUCAACGAAGGUAACUCCUACUAUUGGCCAGAAUACGUCAAGCAAUACGUUGCAGACUUGAAAAAACCUCAAGACGAUUUGAAAGGUAAGCCAUAUAGUGCGAGAUACAUUGGUUCCAUGGUUGCUGAUAUCCACAGAACCUUGUUGUACGGUGGAAUCUUCAGUUAUCCUGCCGACACCAAGUCCAAAAAUGGCAAAUUGAGAAUCUUGUACGAGUGUUUCCCCAUGGCCAUGUUAUUGGAACAAGCUGGUGGUAAGGCGGUCAAUGACAAGGGUGAAAGGAUUUUGGAGAUUUUGCCAAAGGGUAUCCAUGACAAAUCUGGUAUUUGGUUAGGUUCAAAAGGUGAAAUUGAUAGAUUCUUGACUUAUGUUCCAAAGAACUAA